CGAGAAUCUUGACGUUGUUUUAUGUAACUUGUUGGAGAAUUUUAUAUAAACUUACAACGCGACGAGUGAACUUUCUCAGCCAAGAAAGGGUUUACAAAGUAUGGAUAAAAAAAUGCAACAGCGUAAAAAUAAUGCACAAGCUAUGGCAGCAAGAAACUUUUCCGCAUUCCGUAAUCCACGGGACUCACCCGCGUCCCGUAACCCUCGGGACUCACCAGCGUCCCGAAACCCUUGGGACUCACCAGCGUCUCGUAACCCUCGGGACUCACCCGCAUUCCGUAAUCCACGGGACUCACCCUCGUCCCGUAACCCUUGGGACUCACCAGCGUCCCGAAACCCUUGGGACUUACCAGCGUCUCGUAACCCUUGGGACUCAUCCGCAUUCCGUAAUCCACGGGACUCACCCUCGUCCCGUAACCCUUGGGACUCACCAGCGUCCCGAAACCCUUGGGACUUACCAGCGUCUCGUAACCCUUGGGACUCAUCCGCAUUCCGUAACCCACGGGACUCACCCGCAUUCCGUAACCCUCGGGACUCACCCUCGUCCCGUAACCCUCGGGACUCACCCUGGUCCCGAAACCCUUGGGACUUACCAGCGUCUCGUAACCCUUGGGACUCAUCCGCAUUCCGUAACCCACGGGACUCACCCGCAUUCCGUAACCCUUGGGACUCACCCUCGUCCCGUAACCCUUGGGACUCACCAGCGUCCCGAAACCCUUGGGACUUACCAGCGUCUCGUAACCCUUGGGACUCAUCCGCAUUCCGUAAUCCACGGGACUCACCCUCGUCCCGUAACCCUUGGGACUCACCAGCGUCCCGAAACCCUUGGGACUUACCAGCGUCUCGUAACCCUUGGGACUCAUCCGCAUUCCGUAACCCACGGGACUCACCCGCAUUCCGUAACCCUCGGGACUCACCCUCGUCCCGUAACCCUCGGGACUCACCCUGGUCCCGAAACCCUCAGGACUCACCCACGUCACGCUGCGCGUGGGUAACGCUCGUGAUGCUUGGUGACGGGUACGCUGCGGGCGCUCUGGCCGUCGCACACUCGCUGAGAAUGGUGCAAACCAAGCAUGAUCUCGUCUGCAUGGUAACACCUGACGUCACAAAUCCUACCCGUCGACACCUGCGCGUCGUGUACGAUGACGUAAUCGAGGUGCCGUACAUUCGGCAGAAAUGUCGCUUGUUUUUGUCACCUGACCAAUCCCGGAUGUACAACGACUGGAUCGAGUUCUCGUUCACCAAGUGGAACUGCCUCAACCUGGUGCAGUACGAGCGAGUGAUGUUUAUAGACGCAGACAUGGUCGUCAAGGUGAACAGUGAUGAUCUAUUUGAGUUACCCGCUCCAGCGUCCGCCAUGACUUAUCACGAGCGCAAAAUUCCACCCGAGCACGGGGAACUUGUUUCUCCUAGGGAAAUGUUUAGAAAAGCGUACAACAAGUAUAGCUUUGUUGCCUGUGCGGGGCUUGCAUUGUUUCGCCCUGACAAGCGUGACUUCGAAUCGUUUCUUCAUUACAUUCACUCUUCAGAAGUUUUCGGUGAGAAUUUUCUGACAAUGUCUGGCGCCGACGAGGUGGCUAUCAGCCUUUUCUACGCACGCAAGGGUGUAUCCUGGACUCAUAUUCACCACCGCUAUAAUGUUGUCUCGUGGAGGGCACAGUGGAUUCUACCUCAUGAACCCUACAUUCUGCAUAUCUUCGGGCGACCCAAACCGUGGGAGAAGGGGUGCGACUGGCCAGACCCGGAUUGGUGGGGCGUGGUCGAUGACCUGCUGGGGUCUCACCCCGAUCUUAGUGAGCUUUACCCCCCUCGUCCUACGGUAAACGAAACAACGGAGAUAGAAGAGCACGUAAUGGGUGAUCUGCCGUCAAAUAACUACACAUCAAAAAACUGUAUUCUCCACACCGAAAUUAAGCAAGACCUAAACAAAAACAAUCAAGUCGAUGACCCUAUGUUAUUUCCUACUUCCGUGCUCUCAGAGCUGCGUAUUAUUAAUUGUGAUGACAGCGAUUAAAAAUCUUGGUUAUCAUGACGUUCAAAUAAUGCGAUGUUGAUUUUAUGUUCUGUGAUUAAUGUUGUGGGACGAUUUAUGUGGUUCAAGGAAAACAAGAGCAAAGUGAAUGAUAAUAAACUACUAAAAAGGGCGAGGAUAACCUAGGUAUAACAGCUAAGGGAAACUUUAUUCUCCCCAACUUAGGUAACAUUGCCUUUUUUAAAUCAUUUUGAAAAGUAGAAUUGUUAUUUUAUACGUUAGCUUAUAACUGUUAGAAUAGAACUGCAUUAAAUAUAGGAAAUAUCCAA